GACAUCCAGUGGGAGGGCUUACCCUGACAGGAGGAAGAAGGCUUGUGACCGGCAGCGGGAUCCAACCUUCAAAAGCCGGCUGUUUUUUUUGUUUUUGGGCUGGUUACUCCAUACAUACUGGGAUCUAAGCUAUGGCUAAGAAGGGAAUGAGCCUCUGCAAUGUGUGCUGCCUGCUUCUCUACGUUAUCUCGGCGGUGCUUGCCGGGCGAGAUUUCUACAAGAUCUUGGGGGUGAGCAAGAGUGCUUCAGUCAGGGACAUCAAGAAGGCCUACAGAAAGCUGGCUCUCCAGUUACACCCCGACAGAAACCCGGACGACCCGAAAGCUCAAGACAAGUUCGCAGACCUGGGCGCAGCCUACGAGGUGCUCUCAGAUGAGGAAAAGAGGAAACAGUAUGACGCGUAUGGAGAAGAUGGACUCAAAGAGGGUCACCACAGCUCACACAACGAUAUCUUCUCCAGCUUCUUUGGUGACUUCGGGUUCAUGUUUGGAGGCAACCGACAGCAACAGGACAGGAACAUCCCCAGAGGAAAUGACAUAAUACUAGACCUGGAGGUCACGCUCGAAGAGGUGUACUCUGGGAACUUUGUGGAGGUUGUGCGUAACAAGCCUGUAGCCAAAGAGGCCCCCGGCAAGAGGAAGUGCAACUGCAGACAGGAGAUGAGGACGACGCAGCUCGGACCUGGGCGCUUCCAGAUGACUCAGGAGACGGUGUGCGACGAGUGUCCCAAUGUAAAGCUGGUAAAUGAAGAGAGAACCUUGGAGGUAGAAAUUGAACAGGGAGUGAGAGAUGAAAUGGAGUACCCCUUCAUUGGAGAAGGGGAACCUCACAUCGAUGGCGAGCCUGGAGAUCUACGUUUCCGCAUCAAAGUGCUGAAACACCCCGUGUUUGAGCGCAGAGGAGAUGACCUGUACACCAACGUCACCAUCUCCCUGGUGGAGGCACUGGUUGGCUUUGAGAUGGACGUUGUACAUUUGGAUGGACACAAGGUCCAUAUAGUGAGAGACAAGAUCACUAAACCCGGUGCUCGGAUGUGGAAGAAAGGAGAAGGCCUGCCAAACUUUGACAACAUCAACAUCCGCGGCUCCCUCAUCAUCACCUUCGAUGUGGAGUUUCCUCAGACUCAGCUCGAUGAGCAGCAGAAAGAUGGUAUUCGGAGUCUUCUGAAGCAGGGCUCUGUACAGAAGGUUUACAAUGGACUACAAGGAUACUAACACGCCACCAGACAGCCUGGACUGAGUUAUCCGCCACAAAGACACAGACAGACAGACAGACACACAGACACUCUCAUACAUCUUCAGUCAACAGGAGCGCGCUCCAUAAUUCUGGCCAGGGUGUAUUUAUUAUUUUCAGAUUGUUCUCAGGAUGGCUUGAAACCCAACUUUCACUUUUUAAUGUUCUACAUCUUGUCAGCAGUGGCACAACUGCACAUGUUUGAAGUGUACAAUUGGAAAGAAAGAUGCCACGUCUGUGUUGUGCGUUCUUCCUGUCCCUACAUUACAUCGUAAUAAGACCUUCUGUCUAUUUUAAAAAUCAAAUUCACCAGUUUCUAUCCGAGCGAAGUGUUAAGAUCAAACGAGCGCUGUCCGCCAAUGUGUCGACCACUGUACCUUUUCUGGGGACGACAGUUAGACACUCGCUCACCCCCCACAUCUGCUGAAGGAUGAGCUACUGACAAACUGGACCCCCGCAGAAGAAGAAAGUCCACUUCCAACUGCUGAACAACUUUCAAACCGUGCAAGACCACAAGUUGUUCCAUUUGAUUCCUUUUUUGUUUUAAAUUAGUUUUAUGAAUGUAACAAGUUCACCUGUUGAUUGAUGAAACGGUUUUUGCUCUGGUCAGAUUCCUGUCCAAUAAUACUUUGUAAAUAGGGAAGAACAAAGCUCAUCUGUUUGUUGUGUUCAAGUUUUCCUAAUUUAUGUCGGCUCUCACUUGUCUGUUUGCCUCCGCCGCGUCGUGACGGGAGAACUGCUCGCAUUGCAAAACCCCCCAGGUUCACCGUGUCAAGAGUUGACCUCUUAAAUUGAACAGUGACGUUUUAUCAUUUGGGAGGAAACGUGGUUUUGCACCUCCUCCGGCCCCACUAGACGCCCUCCCCGUCGUGGCUGAACGCCUCCAACUCCAAGGGACUGCAGACCAUGACGCAGCAGCAUCCCCGCUAGGUACUGCUGGCUGGUUUGUAUUGUAUUGUGGUUUUAGGGUUUCCCUCCUCUCUCUUUUUACUAUCGACUGCAACGCCGCCUCCCAACUUCAUGAGAGUGUCUUGGCCUUAAAUGUGAAUUACUUGGCCAUUUUUACCGGGUGUUCUGGGGGAUAAUGUACUUUUGACUGACAAGAUAAAUAAAGAUUUCUACAAAUUCU